AUGCAAUCGCAACACGAGCAACGACGCGAAAUCGCCAUCGAUUGCUGCUACCAGCAAUGGUCAGCGCAUCAUUAUCAUCAUCACCAUCAUCACCAUCACCAGCAGCAGCAACAGCAGCACCAGCAUCAGCACCAGCACCAGCAACACUUGCCCGCUGUGCCGUCGCCGAUGCAACAAAUGGAAGCUUGUUUGCAAAGCGCCGGAAGAGUGAAGAGACCCCGCAGCCCCAGUCAUCCGAUAAAGGCCGUUUUGCCGAUUCACGCGGCGACUCCGAUCUCCCCGUCCGCCACGGUGGAGUCGCGCAACGACAGCAACAACAACAGCAGCCAUCACGGUGACCAUCAUCCGAGCGAGGACGGCGGGUCCUCCGAGCGCGCCGAGGAGUCGGCGGCGAAGCGGCCGCUUCACCCGGCGCUGCUCGGCGCCGGCGUCGCUCUGGAAGCGAAGCCGCUCUGGGAGGAGUUCCACCAGCUGGGCACCGAGAUGAUCGUCACGAAGGCCGGACGACGAAUGUUCCCCACGUUUCAGUGUCGACUCUUCGGCCUGGACCCCAGCACGGAGUACCUGAUGGUGAUGGACUUCGUCCCGUGCGACGACAAGAGGUACCGAUACGCUUUCCACAGCAGCGCCUGGGUCGUGGCGGGUCGCGCCGAUCCCGUGUCACCUCCCAGGAUACACGUGCAUCCUGACAGCCCUGCGAGCGGUGCCCACUGGAUGAAGCAGCCGAUUUCCUUCGACAAGCUGAAACUGACCAACAACCAGCUUGACGACAACGGACACAUUAUUCUCAACUCGAUGCACCGUUAUCAGCCACGCUGCCACGUGGUGGUCGCCCCCUCGCCGCCGGGCUCGGCGCCGGAUCCCCGCACGGAGAACUUCAAGACGUUUUCCUUCCCGGAGACCAGGUUCACCGCGGUGACCGCGUACCAGAAUCAUCGGAUAACGCAGCUCAAGAUCGCCAGCAACCCGUUCGCCAAGGGCUUCCGGGACUGCGAGUCGGACGAGUGCGACGGCGUGGCGGCCGUCGGCGGGAUGGCGAAUCCAGCCAAGAGGCCGGCCACGGGGAAUACGGGGGCCACCCCGGGGGCCACGGCGGCCGCGAGUCUGUCGUCCGGGUACAACGCGAUGCCGGCACCGAUACAGAUCCCGGGUGUACCCGUCGCAGGCGCCGCGUCUCAGGAGCACCAUCAGUUUUACGGCGCGACGGGUGCAGCGAGCCACUGGACGCAUCAUUAUCCGAGCCAUCACGGCCAGUCGCCGGUCCAUUAUGCGACCCACCCGCAACAUCCACAUUCGAGCGCGUCCCUCUACGGGCCGCGAUAACCGACCCCGUUUGCUCACUUCUCAUUUCUCAUCGUGCGGAUCGUCAUCGGCCGACGAUAUCUCAUACAUCUCGGAAGUGGGAGUGCAGCUCGGACAUUCUGCCUUGGUACUUUCAUCGGUCGCGCGGUAUCUUCUCUCGCGAGAAUCGAACAUCUCGAUGUUCGUUAUCGCAAAGCCCGUAUCAGACUACGGACCGAGAUUGGGAUUAGACUGAAAUUUGACCAGUCGCGGUAAAGUUUACCAAUCUCAAGUUUAGUAAGCUUUUACUCUAAUUGAAAAACAGGCUUCAAGCCUAAUUUAAGAGGAAGAAGACUCGUAAUUGGUCCAAUUUCGAUCUAAUCUCAAUCCGUAGUCCGAUACGGGCUUUACGAACUUCAUUGUUGCCUUUGUGAGACGCGUUCGAUCGUGCGCGGCCUCUCGACUUUCUCUCUGUCGACGGUCGAGAAAGAGAUGGGCUCGCGUGAAACUAUCAGUCGAUUGGAGGAUCGACAUUUUUACUCAUCUAUAUUUAUGCGUAACGCAACUUCUCGACCUAAGCUUAUUUAUCUGACAAUGAGAAUAAGACGUAGUAAUCGAUAAAUCAUAUGCGUAGUCUCGCGUUACUGUACCAAAGAUUGUGCCAAUUCUCUAUCGCUCGUGAUUCACGUAUUAUAUUACAUACAAUAUAGUCUAUUUUUUAUAUGUAUAUAUAUGAACGAAAGUAAUAAUUAGCUAGGCGAUACGCGCGUGUCAUUAAAAGUAUACCGACAUACUUUUACAAAAUGCUGACGCACCACGUGGUAUACUAAAAUUUAUCAACAAAAGCAACCGAAACGUCCAAUUUCUAUCCGCGUAAUAAGAUUUUUUCGGAUUUGCACGUAAGAAACGAUUCGGCCGAUCGACGCUGGCGAAGUUGCGGAAGAGGGCGAGGGAAGUGAGUGCCUUUUGUAGGAGCAAAGUGCGUCUAUUUAUACUGGGUGUCUCAAAUGCCGAACGAGCCUAAAACGUUCUCGAGCCAAGACGGGAAAGUAAACGCGCCGUGACACUUGGUGAGAGUAACGUGGUUACUAAGUGCCUUAAUAAAUUAUGCCACCCGCGGGUAUCGUACCAUUGUGCCUUCGACUUUUUAAGAGUCCUCGUUCAGCGUGCGAUACCAAUGGAGAGGGACGUUUUACGGCCAAACGAGCCAAACGAGGAAUAAACAGUCGAGUAACGCAAA